GCCCGGCGGGCCCGGCGGCGCCGCACCCCAUGGAGCUCGAGAACAUCGUAGCGAACACGGUGCUGCUCAAGGCCCGGGAAGGUGGUGGUGGGAAUCGCAAAGGCAAAAGCAAGAAAUGGCGUCAGAUGCUGCAGUUUCCCCACAUCAGUCAAUGCGAAGAGCUGCGGCUCAGUCUUGAGCGUGACUACCACAGCCUGUGCGAGCGGCAGCCCAUCGGACGCCUGCUGUUCCGAGAGUUCUGCACCACAAGGCCAGAGCUGACCCGCUGCAUUGCCUUCCUGGAUGGGGUGGCUGAGUAUGAAGUGACCCCUGAUGAGAAGCGGAAGGCGUGUGGGUGGCGGCUGAUGCAGAAUUUUCUGAGCCACACGGGUCCUGACCUCAUCCCCGAGGUUUCCCGGCAGCUGAUAACUAACUGUGCCCAGAGGCUGGAACAGGGACCCUGCAAAGACCUCUUCCAGGAGCUCACCCGACUGACCCACGAGUAUCUGAGCAUGGCCCCCUUUGCUGACUACCUCGACAGCAUCUACUUCAACCGUUUUCUGCAAUGGAAAUGGCUGGAAAGGCAGCCAGUAACCAAAAACACCUUCAGGCAGUACCGAGUGCUGGGCAAAGGUGGCUUUGGAGAGGUGUGUGCCUGCCAGGUGCGGGCAACAGGCAAGAUGUAUGCCUGUAAGAAGCUGGAGAAGAAGCGGAUCAAGAAACGGAAAGGGGAGGCCAUGGCGCUGAACGAGAAGCAGAUCCUGGAGAAAGUGAACAGUAGGUUUGUAGUGAGCUUGGCCUACGCCUAUGAGACCAAGGAUGCACUGUGCCUGGUACUGACGCUGAUGAAUGGAGGUGACCUCAAAUUCCACAUCUACCACAUGGGCCAGGCUGGCUUCCCGGAGGCUCGAGCUGUCUUCUACGCUGCUGAGAUCUGCUGCGGCCUGGAGGACCUGCACCGGGAACGCAUCGUGUACAGGGACCUGAAGCCAGAGAACAUCCUCCUGGAUGACCACGGUCAUAUCCGCAUCUCCGACCUGGGGCUGGCUGUGCAUGUGCCCGAGGGCCAGACCAUCAAAGGCCGAGUGGGCACUGUGGGCUACAUGGCUCCCGAGGUGGUGAAGAAUGAGCGCUACACAUUCAGUCCAGACUGGUGGGCACUAGGCUGCCUCCUGUAUGAGAUGAUUGCAGGCCAGUCACCCUUCCAGCAGAGGAAAAAGAAGAUCAAGCGGGAGGAGGUGGAGCGGCUGGUGAAGGAAGUGCAGGAGGAGUAUUCCGAGCGCUUCUCGCAGCAGGCGCGCUCGCUCUGCUCCCAGCUCCUCUGCAAGGACCCUGCUGAGCGCCUGGGCUGUCGUGGAGGCAGUGCCCGAGAAGUGAAGGAGCACCCCCUCUUCAAGAAGCUGAACUUCAAGCGACUAGGAGCGGGCAUGCUAGAGCCACCUUUCAAACCUGACCCCCAAGCCAUUUACUGCAAGGAUGUUCUGGACAUCGAACAGUUCUCCACGGUUAAGGGUGUGGAACUGGAGCCCACUGAUCAGGACUUCUACCAGAAGUUUGCCACGGGCAGCGUACCCAUCCCCUGGCAGAAUGAGAUGGUGGAAACUGAGUGCUUUCAGGAAUUGAAUGUCUUUGGACUGGACGGCUCAGUGCCCCCUGAUCUGGACUGGAAGGGGCAGCCGCCCGCACCCCCCAAGAAGGGACUGCUGCAGAGACUCUUCAGUCGCCAGAGGAUUGCUGUGGGAACUGCAGCGACAGUGAGGAAGAGCUCCCCGCUCGCCUUGAGCUCCCCACCCACCUCGAGCUCCCCACCCGCCUCUAGCCCCCUGCCUGAGGCCCCCAACAGCAGUUGGCGGUAGCAGCCACUCCAGGCGCCGUUUACAGUUUUGCACAGUGGUCUUCCCCAUUGUCCACUCAAGCUGUGGCCUGGGGAACACAGCCGGAGCUAACCCCAGUGUGCUCUGCCCCUCAACCCAGGUCUGGCUGAGUUUGGCAAGGCCUGUGCUGUCCCUGGGACAAAGGUGCAUCCCUUCAGCUCUUGUCUGUGGAGCUCGGGACUUUCUGUAUUUAUGUAUUUGUACGAAUGUAUAUAGUGACUAGAGCGUUCUAAGACCUACCCCAGAGCUGGCAGAGGGGCCACUGCCAAACUCAAGGCUCCUCAGGUCCAGCUUGGAUAGGCCAGGCCCUGAGCCCCCAGCACUGUGCUCGCCACCGCUGCCGCCGCCACCGACCUCUGAGUGAGACUUGUGCCUGCCCUGCUGCCCUGGGCUCAGGCCACCACUUUUGGGGGCCCGAUGCUGCCCCUUCUCAGCACUUGCCAGAGCUGGAGCUGGGUCCUCUGUGUCCCCUGGGCCUGUGCCAAAGUGUGACCGGAGAUUGGUCUAACCCUGGGACCAUCAUCCACUGCCAGGCUAUCCCAGAUGGGUUGCCUCUGCCUUCCAGCCCCGAGGGCGCCUUGUCCCUCCUGCUGGGCCCUGCCCUGAAGACUCCUCUUGCUGAACAUCCCAGCCUAGGCCAUGGAAAGGGAGGAAUCCCUUGGCCAACCCUCGAACAUUCCAGACUCCCCUCAUAACAAUAGACACAUAUGCCCAGCAAUAAUCCUCCCCUCCCAUGUGGGGUGUGUGUCUGUGUGACAUGUGUGGUGUGCGUGUGUGUGUCUGAAGGAGGUAAGCUGAGGCUGUGUCUACACCUCAGGCCCAGCUCUGGCCCUUCCCAGACUGUGACAUCUGUCCUGGUCCCAGUGUAAGGGUGGCAUGGGAUUACAGGGCCCUGGUUUUUCCUAUUUAAAGUCAAUUUUUAUUAUUCAUUUUGUCCAAUGUAAGCUGCCACAUAUCUCUGUGAAUACAGUCCGAGCACAAACCUGGCCAGCCACCCUUGCCUGCCUUUUUCUUACUCCUGGUGCUCCAAGGGUCUUCUUGCUUCCCAGAUCCUGCUGGAGUGGGAAGGGUUUAGUGGUAGGCCUGGCAGCAAGGCCCAGGAGCCCCAGGGCUGCUUUUAUGGUAGCCUCUCAAGUGACCAGGUGUUUGUGAUUUUUGGGCUCAACCUAUGGGUUACUUGGGCUCCUGAGUGGGGUGAGGCAUGAGAGAAGCAGCCUUGGGUCCUCAUCAGGUGUGUCUGCUGGCAAAGCAGGCCCAGAUAGUAGUGUCACCUCCAAGGCUAAAGUGGCCUGGCUACCAGUCUUGGGAAUGGUCUGGGGAGCAAGGUGGGAGGUGCAAUUAGGAACACCUGCCUGCUCUGUCUUACCUGGGUGCCUGCUGUGCAUCCAGUCUGGGGCUAGCAAUCAUACUUAAGAGCCAGUGGUCCUCUGCUCUGCUCUUGAAGCAGGAAUGGUGGCUGGACAAACUGGCAAUGCUGGGAGCUAGGCUGUGGGAGCCAGUGGGGAUCCACCACAUGAGCAUCAGGGAGGGUCCUCUGCCGACACCAGUUGAACUGGGAUUUUUUUUUUACAUUUUUAUUAUUUUUUAAAAAAUUUAUUUACUUAUACAAGAACCAGGAUACAGGCUAGAUGUGCAGGAGGGUGGGAGGAUUCACCAGAGACAGACUGGGGAGCAGAACAGGUGGACUGACUGAAAUACACUGCUGAGGGGAGCAGUGGGUGAGAUAGGAGAGGUCUGCUGUGCCAUGUGGGUUAGCUCCCUGGCCAGGGAUCGAACUCAUGACUCAUGCUGCAGUGGCUGGCAAUAGCUUGAUAGCGCUAAGAUAUAACCCCUGCACCACCAUGGAGACCCUUGAACCGGGAUUUGAAAGAGACAUUCAUUUGAGGGGACAGAGGGUUCGGAAGCAUUCCAUCUAUGCUAAGACUUGGAGUUAACACCUAUUGACCCCAGAUCUGACCCAGACUUCACAAACUCAUUGCUGUUUAGCCUCCCCAGGGCCCUGCUCUUUCCUCCAAGGAACACCUGCCCCCAAUACCAUCCCCCACUUCAAACCCAGCCCCCCCCCCCAGAACAUUUGUUCCUUGUCUCUGGGCUGGGUACCAAUACCACAGAAGCCAUAGCUUUGCAGUUGGACAGUUCUGGGUUCAAGUUCAGCCUGGACACUAAAGCAGGCUCCCUUAUCUGGAAAGAUGGAUGCCCGUAAGAACCCACCAGAGCAGAUAGUCACACAUACAUACACAAGGUCCUUAGGUCACUGGUAGGAUGCAAGUGCUGGAUGCCAAGCCAAGAACUAGUUCAAGGACAGGAGGUUCCAGGCACUGACUUAGUAGAAGGGGCCUCUGGGGCCCAGCUAUUGGUGUAUGGAGCACCAACUCCCUCUUCUGUUAACUUGAGGGAAACACUAAGGAAAUAACCUUUACUAAGGUCUUCCAGCCAGUGCGUGGCUGGAGAUGGAUUGGAAGCCAGCUGCUGCUGAUGGAACUGGAUCCUGCUCAUUAGGUUGGAGCUGAGGCACAGUUGCCCCUCUGUGCCAGUUUUUGUUGGGGGCAGGAAGGGUGGUUAGGUAGGUAUUGGUGUGCAGAGGCCAAGCCCAACCCUGUACAAGGGUGAGUAGGUGCCAGAUGAAUGGUAGGUCCCCAAGGUAUGCUGCCUGUUGUGGUGGGUCUAGGCCUCCCACCAAGCUCUCCCUUGGCCCAGGGAGGCAUCUAAAGAACUUGGUUGGGGUUCAGUUCAACCUGAAGCUUUUACCAUAGUGGAUCCUAGUUGGAGGUAACCCACAAUUCAGUUCCUAACAAGCCUUCCCUAAGCUCAUCCCCUCCCCAUCCAGCUCUAUGGUGGGAGCUGGGGACCCAGAUGGAGACAAGGCCCCCGCCAGCUUGGAGCUCAGUCUGGUAGGGAGGCAGACGUGGGAACAGUGGGACCCAGCGCGAUUACUGUGGCAGAGACAAUUCUAGAACUGGCAGGGCUGGGACUGCUGCAGUACUGGAGAUAAGGCCAACAACAAGUAGAGAAGGUCACUUGACCACAGAGUUGUCAAAUUCAUGCCCUCCAGGACACAGGACCAGUUAUGCCCAGAUGGAGGAGACAGGGUCUCCAGUAGUUUAGGGCAGCUGAAUGUCA